UACGUCAUCGCGGUGCGCGGAGGCGCUGGGCGGGGCGCGGCGGACCGUGAGGCGGGGCCGGUGGCGGUCGUAGCGGCUGUGGGGCCGGUGCUCGGUUGGUCUGUCCUGUCACAGCGAGGUAUGAGUCGUCCUCGCGAGAAUUGUCUACAGGCAGAGCAAGGCCGAGGGUUGACGUUCGGGGCUUCUCAAGAACCAGUGCCCUAAGGACUUUCGUUGUGUAUGAGGUCCGGAAGAACAGGGACUCUGGGGCCCGACUGCUCCCUCUUCCCUGAGCUCAUCGCCCAGGCUGUGACCUUGGCCGGGCAAGAUUUAGGGCUUAGUUUUCUAAUCUGUUUCUGGGGGGAUGACUGGGAAGCAGUUUUGAGGAUGAGAUGUUUGGCCCGCUGAGAGUCCACUGGCUGUUACUGCUGCUGAAGUCAGUAACAGAGCUGAUAUCCAGGUACCCCCCGGGGUCCCAGGCCUUUUUUAUAUGCCCCUUGUUAACUUGGAUGCGCUUUCUGCUGCUGCCUCUACCCAUCUGAACAAUUCCUGGCCUGGGGUCUUAUGAGUCCUAUAGGUGUGAGGGUCACGUGGUUUUUUAGGGAAAAGGGAGAUGUUUAGACAGGUGACAAAGACUUUGGUGGAUGAGGUUUGCUGUUUGUUUUUCUGUAAGUCUGCAAAGAUCUCCAUGCUUGGCAGUACUACUGGACCAUAGUAGUUAGGACUGAGGGUCAUGCUGAAGGCUUGGGUUACUCAGGCUGUCUGGACACAAUGUUCCCUGGGUACCAGUGCUUUUUACCUAUGCUGGUAUUUAUUAAGCUGCGUCAGUGCUUCCAGUUCCUGUCCAAGGACCACCUGCAAGAGCUGGAGGAGGGUGGGGCAGGUUCCUGCCCCUUGGGAGUAUCUUAGCCCCUCUAGUGUUUGUGUGCUUUGUGAGCCUUAUUCUAGUUUUGAAGAAAAGAGGAUCUCUGAUAAGCAGCUUUGUGAGGUCUGAAGUACAGAUGUUGCGGGGGGGGGGGGGGUCCUGCAGAGCAACCGUCAUCAAAAGCACACCCAGGCAAGUGGUCAUUUUUGGUGUUGUGCUAUUUAUGUACUGUUUGAUGGCUAAGUUUUCCUAAAGAGGCACCAUGCUUCUGGAAGUAGGGAACUGGGGGGGGUGGCCCCGUUCCUAUCUUCAUUCAGUUCAACCCAUUGUUAGGCACCUGGCACUUGCUUUUUGGUGCCACAGUCCUCCAUUGAGUGCCAACUCUGUGCUAAGCACCACGCUGGGUUUCCCCACUACCAGCGAUGGAGGAGGCUAUGGCCGGGUGGAGGCCUGGGGUCUGUCCUCCCCGCUGAAGGGCCCUUCCCUGCAGGUGGCUUCCUGCCUGGCCCGGCGCCAUGCACACGCUUGUGUUCCUGAGCACGCGGCAGGUGCUCCAGUGUCAGCCAGCUGCCUGCCAGGCCCUACCCCUGCUGCCUCGAGAGCUCUUCCCCCUGCUGUUCAAGGUGGCCUUCAUGGACAAGAAGACUGUUGUGCUUCGCGAGCUGGUGCACACAUGGCCCUUCCCGCUGCUCAGCUUCCAGCAGCUGCUGCAGGAAUGUGCUCACUGCAGCCGGGCCUUGCUGCAAGAGCGCCCCAGCACAGAGAGCAUGCAGGCUGUGAUCCUGGGGCUGACAGCCCGGCUCCACACCCCAGAGACCGAGGCUGGCACACAGCCUCUCUGCAGCCUACCCGUGCUCCCAGGAAGCAUGCCCUGCGGGUGCUGGACAUGACGGGCCUACUGGACGACGGCGUGGAGCAGGACCCUGGCACCAUGAGCAUGUGGGACUGCACAGCAGCCGUGGCCCGCACCUGCAUAGCACAGCAGCAGGGCGGGACUGCGGAUCCUGGGCCAGCCCCCAUUCCUGUGGAGGUUCGUGUGGACCUGCGGGUGAACCGGGCCUCUUACUCGUUCCUGCGGGAGGCACUCCGGAGCAGUGUGGGCAGUCCCCUGCGGCUCUGCUGCCGGGACCUGCGGGCUGAGGACCUGCCCAUGCGCAACACUGUGGCUUUGCUGCAGCUGCUGGAUGCGGGCUGCCUGCGCCGUGUGGACCUGCGCUUUAACAACUUGGGCCUGCGUGGCCUGUCUGUUAUCAUCCCACAUGUGGCCCGAUUCCAGCACCUGGCCAGCCUACGGCUGCACUAUGUGCAUGGGGACUCGAGGCAGCCCUCUGUGGAUGGCGAGGACAACUUUCGCUACUUCCUGGCCCAGAUGGGCCGCUUCACUUGUCUGCGGGAGCUCAGCAUGGGCUCCUCUCUUCUCUCGGGGCGGCUGGACCAGCUGCUCAGCACCCUGCAGAGUCCCUUGGAGAGCCUGGAGCUGGCCUUCUGUGCCCUGCUGCCCGAGGAUCUGCGCUUCCUGGCACGGAGCCCCCAUGCUGUCCACCUCAAGAAGUUGGACCUUAGUGGCAACGACCUGUCCGGCAGCCAGCUGGAGCCUUUCCAGGGUCUGCUGCAGGCAGCAGCAGCCACACUGCUACACCUUGAGCUGACUGAGUGCCAGCUUGCUGAUACCCAGCUGCUGGCCACGCUCCCUGUGUUGACGCGCUGUACCAGCCUCCGCUACCUCGGUCUCUAUGGCAACCCACUGUCCAUGGCGGGCCUCAAGGAGCUCCUACGGGAUUCAGUAGUGCAGGCUGAGCUACGCACGGUGGUGCACCCCUUCCCUGUGGACUGCUAUGAGGGUUUGCCCUGGCCACCGCCUGCCUCUGUCCUGCUGGAAGCUUCCAUCAAUGAGGAGAAGUUUGCUCGUGUGGAGGCGGAGUUGCACCAGCUGCUACUGGCCUCAGGUCGUGCUCAUGUGCUCUGGACCACUGACAUUUAUGGGCGCCUGGCCGCAGACUACUUCAGCCUAUGACCUCCAGGCUGUCCUGGUGUUCAGGGCUGCUGGAGACCCCUCCCUGCCUUAGGUAGACAGAGCCUUUGCUGGGACCCUGUUGGAGGCCUGACACGGAGUCACUGGUCUCUGGUUUCCUUGCUCUUGGGCUCUCACAGCCUUCCGAUGCUUGGUGGAGCACCUUGCGAGGUUUUGCCCUGUACCUGUUCCCCUGACUGGCUGACUGUGGGCUUAAGGGCUGGAUUCCAGGCCUGUUAAGGCCAGGCUUGGUUUGGGUGCACUUGGCUGCCCUCUGGUGUCCUGGUCCUCUCUUUGGAAUGUUUCUGGGGUCCCAGCUGUGAGCUGAGAGGGUGUUCUGUCUGGGCCCUUCCCAAGAACAGACUGCUCUGGGGUUGAAGCUGGAACAGGGACCUGCUUCAAGGUGGGUCGGGUCCCCACGCACUGGAGCCUUUCAUGGUUCUCUCUGCCCUGGCACCCGGGAGACAACCUGGCUGGGCUUUGGAGCCAGCGGGUGUCAUUAAGGUACAAAUGUGCAGUGUGUUUGGAACUUAAA